GCGAGAAUUCUAGGCUUGUAACAAGUAAGAUGGCCUCCACCGACUCCAGUUUAUCAAGUGAAAAUCCCGCCAAGAAGGAGGAUGAAUUUAACGAAUUUUACUCGGAGGUUAAAGAAAUUGAGAAAAGAGAUUCUGUGUUGACCCCCAAGCAACAAAUUGAUAGACUACUGCGACCUGGGUCAUCCUAUUUCAACUUGAAUCCAUUUGAGGUUUUACAAAUUGAUCCGAGCACAGCGAUAGAGGAAAUAAAAAAGAAAUACCGUCGUAUGUCAAUUUUGGUGCAUCCAGACAAAAAUCAGGAUGACGCCGAAAGAGCACAGCAAGCCUUUGAAAUUGUUAAUAAAGCGUGGAAAACAUUGGAAAACGAGGAAACUAGAUCGAAAUGUAUGGAUGUUAUUGAGGAGGCAAAAGCGCGGACUGAUCACAUGAUUGCAGAAAAAAAGAAGAAACAAAAAAAAGAAGGAAAAUCUGAGAAUUCGGGUCCGACACUUUUAGAGGAAGAAACUGAGGAAGGCUACAGACACGCAGUUUGGGUUAUGACUAUGAAACUAUUCGCCGAUAUGGAGCGAAGAAGACGAGAAUUAGCCACGAGAGAUGCAGAACAACGUAAAAGAAAGCGCGAAGAGGAAUUGUCUGCAGAAGCCCAAGCAGCAAUGGAGCGCGAAUGGCAAAGAAACUUUGAAGAAUCCAGACAAUCGCGUGUCGACAGCUGGAAGGCCUUUCAAUCCGGUACGAGUGCCACAAAGCAAAAGAAAGCGAAGAAGUUAAAAGCUUUUAGGCCGCCAAAAACGAAGGCGGAGUCGCGAUAAUCAAUCAUUUCUCGUUUUUCUCUUCCGGUGUGUGAAUUCUAAUUUCAAUAGACGCAAUGUUUUAUCUUAGAGAUUUUCUCACAACGUUAAGCUAGAGUAAGAAAUCUAAUUCGCGCGUUGAUAGAACGAUAAACAUGCUGAAUCACUUUAUCUUGAAAUUGAAAAAAAGAGAAUAUUUUGGAUCUUCGAUCCUUUUGAUUUCAAGCUAUCCAACAAGAUAGGAAUUUUUUUAUUUUGACAUUGUUUAAA